CUUAAGAGAGAGGAGCUCCUGCCCAACAGCCAGCCAAGGGUUAACGAAAUGAACAGCUCUUGUGCAGGCAGAGUAUGUUCUUGGCAGUGAGUGGUGAUCUGUGUUACAGUAUGUGAGAGCAGGAGUGUGGAGCAGCUGGCAGGUUGAGCUUAAAUCUCAGGAUCCAGUGUCUGGCUUCAGCGAAGGGGCCCCCUCCUCGCCACUCCAAACCUCAUCUCUUCCUCUGGAUGGGGGUCCUUUCCUCUUCGCAGAGCAGGAUUUGACUUGGGGAUGCUGCCGUGAGGAGUUCACAUCUGCAGCUUUGACAGGACUUCCCCCGACUGUCUGAAUGAAUGAGUGCCUUUCAGAGCAGAACCAGCUCCACAUUGCUCUCGGUCUCCCAAGACUGUUUUCCAGCACAGCUCUGGAGGCGUGUUCACUGAGCCAGGACUGGGCAAUGAGCAGAGAAAACAGCAGAACGAAAAAAGCCAAGAGAGUUCAGCGGGUUGUCAGCAGUCCUCGUACCAGAGGCUAAACUCGCUGCCCUGAAAGAGACCAGGCAGGAGAGGAAGUUGCUCCUCAGUGAGAAAGGAAGAGAAAACAAAAGAGAAACUUUGAAACUGGCUCCACUUGUGGUCUGAGCGUCCUCCCCUUCACCCCCGUUAAAUGAAAGCACUGAGGAACACGAGAACAUGCUGAGCUGCGGAGGAGUGGAGAAGGGCAGCUUUUAGUGGUGUGUGGUUUGUAUUGAGAUCAGAGAGAGAGAGCAGAGGUGGGAGGGGAAGGUGAAAGGGGAUCUGAUGCCUGCUGCCAAUAUGACAGAGACCCUCCAGCUCCCGGCAUUGCAGGUCCCAGAGCAACAGGUGCCAGAGUGCAGCCAGGCCUGGUCCAGUUCGUCCACCCCCACCCUGCGCAGGAGGCGCUUCAAGAUGAAACGGAUGAAGAACGUGCAAGAGCAGAGCCUGGAGGCCGGCGGGUACCAGGACUCUCCCUCACCCAACAAAGAGUUCCUGCAACUCCCAUCCAUAGAAAUCACCCCAUCCAGUGAUGAGGACACCCCAUGGUCGAACUGCUCUACGCCCAGCGCCUCCCCGCGGCGCAAGCGAUUCCUGCUGCGGAAGUGGCUGCGCGUGAGAGAGAAGAAGGAAUACAGUGAAAGCAGCAGCCAGCAGAGUAGCCAACAAAGCAGCCAUGAUGACGAUUCAUCCCGAUUCCUGAGUCCCCGAAUGCGUGACGAAAGCACUGCCAGUAACUCGAACCGCAGCACGCCUGCCUGCUCCCCCAUCCUGCGCAAACGUUCCCGGUCCCCGACCCCACAGGACUCCCAAGGAGACGCCAUGGUGGAGAAAGGCUCAGACCACUCGUCAGACAAAUCCCCUUCCACUCCGGAGCAGUGUGUGCAGCGCAGCUAUUCCGCUCAGUCAGGCCGCAGUGGGGCCAAGAACUCCAAGAAAAGCCAGAGUUGGUAUAAUCAUGAGAGACAGCACAUCCGGAGAGUGUUGAGUCCGACGUAUAAACAGCGUAAUGAAGACUUUAGGAAACUCUUCAAACAGCUUCCUGACACUGAGCGCCUCAUAGUAGAUUACUCAUGUGCGCUUCAAAGAGACAUUCUCCUGCAGGGUCGACUCUACCUCUCCGAAAACUGGAUCUGCUUCUACAGCAACAUCUUCCGCUGGGAAACACUGCUGACAGUCCGUUUGAAGGAUAUCUGCUCCAUGACCAAGGAAAAAACUGCACGGCUCAUUCCUAACGCCAUCCAAGUUUGCACUGACACUGAAAAGCACUUUUUCACUUCUUUUGGUGCCCGAGAUAGGACGUACAUGAUGAUGUUCAGACUCUGGCAGAAUGCUCUCCUCGAAAAGCCCCUGUGUCCAAAGGAGCUCUGGCACUUCGUCCACCAAUGUUACGGGAACGAACUGGGGCUGACCAGCGAUGAUGAAGACUAUGUGCCUCCUGAUGAUGAUUUCAACACGAUGGGCUACUGCGAGGAGAUCCCUGUAGAAGAAAAUGAAGUGAAUGACAGCUCCUCCAAGAGCAGCAUAGAGGCCAAACCUGAAGCUAGUCCUCUGCUGCCCAAGAAGUCCAUCACCGCCAGCACGUUGACAUCCACGGGGAGCAGUGAAGCGCCAACUUCGUUUGACGGGAUGCUUCCGGAGGAGGAGGAGUUGGUGGAGAGUCCCCUUGAGAAGGAACUCACCCUUGAAAACAUCAUUGGAGACAAGAUAGAGAUCAUCACCCCGGUGAACUCCCCUUCCCUGGACUUCAACGACAAUGAGGACAUUCCAACGGAGCUCAGCGACUCGUCAGAGACCCAUGACGAAGGAGAAGUUCAGGCCUUUUACGAGGAUCUGAAUGGCCGGCAGUACAUGAAUGAGGUGUUCAGUUUCAGCGUGGACAAACUGUAUGACCUGCUCUUCACUGACUCCCAGUUCCAGAGGGAUUUCAUGGAACAGCGUCGGUUCUCCGAUAUUAUCUUUCAUCCAUGGAAGAAGGAAGAAAACGGCAAUCAGAGCAGAGCAAUCCUGUACACGAUCACCCUCACCAACCCUCUCGCCCCGAAAACUGCUACUGUCACCGAGACUCAGACAAUGUACAAAGCCAGCCAAGAAAGCGAGUGCUACGUGAUAGACGCAGAGGUGCUAACUCACGACGUCCCCUACCAUGAUUAUUUCUACACCAUUAAUCGCUACACGUUGACGCGUGUCGCCAGAAACAAAAGCCGACUCAGGGUUUCUACAGAGCUACGUUACAGGAAGCAGCCGUGGGGACUUGUGAAAUCCUUCAUCGAGAAAAACUUCUGGAGUGGCCUAGAAGAUUAUUUCCGUCAUUUAGAGAGCGAACUGACCAAAACCGAGAGCAUGUACCUAGCGGAGAUCCACAGACAAUCCCCCAAAGAGAAGAUGAGCAAACAAUCCACGUUGCGCCGAAGGAAACGGCCCCACGCCCACCUGCGGGUGCCACACCUGGAGGAGGUGCUGAGUCCCGUCACCACCCCCACAGAUGAGGAGGUUGUGCAUCGAAUCAAGCACGUGGCAGGUUCCACGCAGACGCGGCAUGUCCCUGAGGACAAUUCUGGUGGCUUCCAUCUGCAGAGCGUCUCCAAGCUGCUGGUCGUUAUCAGCUGUGUUCUGGUGCUGUUGGUAAUUCUCAAUAUGAUGCUGUUCUACAAACUUUGGAUGUUGGAAUACACCACCCAGACCCUCACCGCAUGGCAGGGCCUGCGGCUACCGGAAAGGUUACCCCAGUCUCAGUCGGAAUGGGCUCAGUUACUAGAAUCUCAGCAGAAGUAUCAUGACACAGAGCUGCAGAAAUGGCGUGAGAUCAUCAAAUCCUCCGUGAUGCUUCUAGACCAGAUGAAGGAUUCACUAGUAAACCUUCAGAAUGGCAUCGGGUCGCGCGACUAUGGGUCGGAACCAGAGGAGAAACGGAAGCGUUUCCACUAACAGGGGCGAACACAGGAGGCCAGAGGAUUGUGUGCAAUAUGUGUAUAUAGACCAUAUAAAUAUAUAUAUACAGAAUAUAAAUAUAUAUAUAUUAUAUACAGAUUUUAAAAGAGGAAAAAAGCCUAUGUACUGAGGAGGAGAAGCGUGGGUGCAGACCUCCAACACUGGCUGAACUGGAGCGUCUCUGGGGUAGGACUGGAUGCGAUGGUGGGGCUGUGCUUUCCCAGCACUGAGGCACUGUCCGGGAGAGUGCAGCUCUUGCUUACCUGUUCCCAUGCACCUCUCUUCUGUGUAUUCCUGGCUGUUUGUCUGUCUGUCUGUUUUAAAGGGAAGAAUUGGCGCAAAUGCCCCUCCCCCUCCCUGUCUGAGGGUAUCUGAAUGUUGAACAGGUAUUUGAAGGGGACACUGUCAACUUUACCUUGCUCCAUUGAGGACAAGAAGGAUUUUGCUAGAAGACAUGAGUCCCUUGUGAGAGUAGCCUACUGAAUUGAGCAGGCUUUGACCCAUGAGAAUUCUCCAGGAAACUGUUCUCAUUCAGUAGCAAAUGGGGUUUGUUCUGAGCCCUCUGCGAGAAUGCCAUAGCAGGGGUGCAACUCGCCAUUAAACUGGCCAGCCUAAUUUUGCUGAGUGAAGCACAGAAACUGAACCAGGUUUUCCCAAUGUAACAUUUCACUUUUUAUUACUAGAAGCUACAUUAAUGGCAAAGUAGAGGGGCGCUGACAUGGGUUGUUACUCAGUAUUCCUGGAUAAAUCCAGACCCUGGCGUAUCUCAUUUAAGUCAGUGAAUUUGGCCCUUUGGUUCUUUACCACUUGACAAUGUCCCCUUUACAUACUCUGUUUUCCUCGACCCUCCAUGCGUUUGCGUCCCUGUCAAUAAGCCACUCCUGUGCUAAGGAGCUGCGGCUGUGCUGAAAGGGCCAUCUGUGCUCACCUCCCAGUCAGAGGCAUGUAAAGCUUAAUGGCUCUGACUUGAUACAACACCCUGUUGUUUUUUUUCUUGUUGCUCACUAUUUUUAACCCUCCUUCUGCCAAAAAAGAUGAUAAUAAUAAUAAUAAUAGUGGGCUAGGUGAGGGCAUUUGGCAUGUACCAGUAUCGACUUAAAUACAUCUCACCUCUGGUGGAAACUCACAAGGAGAGAGAGCAGCUUCCUUUUAGAAAAAAAAAGAAACCACAAUUGCAAUUAAACGGAUUGAACAGAUCUGUAUCAGGAAGCCACGCACCCUCCCAUUGCAUCGCUGAUCCCUGGAGAUGUUAGAAGUGGGGUGGAAGAAAGGACGAGCCACACAGGUAAUUGUCAUUCAUAGAAAGAAGGCUGUAAAUGGGGCAAGUUUUGGUGCGUUUCCUGCUGCAUUGCAGUGAACCUUUUUAGAAUAAGAGUGGACCAGGGUUAUCAGAAGUGGCAGCUACAGGGGCAUUCACGCAGCAGGCAGCUCAGGCUGCAGAGGUGUGGUGCCGGGUAAAUGUUGCAUUUGUAUUUAUUUUUAAAAGUAAUUUAAAAUGAUUAAUUUUUAAUGGUCGGGAAUUUUAGCCUGGCAGAGGUCAAGAGAGGAAGCCUCAGGGUAUGUAACAUACUGGGCUCGGCAUGUUAGCUGGGCAGCUGGUGAGAUGUCCGUCUAGGUUUGAAUCCCACAGCAGGUGGGCCAUGUUUUCUUUUGUCUUGGAGGAGCAGGAGAGGGACACAGUGAAGUUGCUGGGGCCUUGAAAAUGCCAUACCUGAGCCCAUUGCUCUUGAGCAAGCUCCGGUGACUGGAGGAGACGAGAAGCAAGGGCAAAGGUGUAGGCAUUAUUAUUGGACACACUAAACAAAUGGGAACCCAAUGCGGGUAGAGCCUGAUCCUGAGGUACUGAGCACACACAAGUCACACUGACAUCAGAAGGACACUAUGCCUUUAUGUUGUGCUUUGCAAAACUGGAUGAGUAUCAUUGUACUUACUUACAGAUGGGAAAACUGAAUGACAGAGUGGUCACAUGAGGUGUUUCAGUAGUCGAGCCAGGAGUACAACCCCAUGUCAUCAGUCCGAUGCACUAACCCACGCUGCAGGCGAUCAGCAGCUCUCAGGAUCAAGCUCUAACAGUGGCACAUCCCUUUGCGUGGCGAAAGGAUAGAGGGGAUUUGCGGUGGUGACUAACAUGCUUCCCCAUCUUGCCUUACCAGGUGGAUUAGUUGGUCUAUGGACCCUCUAUCUCCACCGUCUCUGACUCUGGAAGGAUUUUUUGAAGCAGGCGAGAUCACCUGACACAGCCCUGUUUAGGGGUAGUAUUGAGUACUGGAUGAUCUAGCAGGUCUGUUUCAUCUCUAGCUUCUGCGUGCGCUGAAAAAGCAAGGUGAGCAACUGGCCCUUCCUACACCAUAUGGCACUGGCCUACGCAGCUCUAGAAGGAGUUUGACUAAGCCAUUUAUCCACACACUCCUCCUGAAAAUGUGCUAGCUGCCUAGUUUGUCUGGAGAAGUACUGAAGCUCUUUGUGGGGCUUGUUGGUGUCUUGCAUGACUGGGACUCUUAAAUUCAAACCAUAACUAUCUUAGCAGACUGCCCGAGAAGGGGGAGAAAGACAAGGCAAAGGACUGUAGACAAAAACAUGCCCAAAAACCUAGGGAAUGUUCUGCUUUAUAUAAUUUAUUGUAUUUAUGCUUAUUUAUUUAACUUAAUGCUGCUUAAAACUGUACGUCUCCCUGGCAUUUCCUGCCGGAGUUAGAAGCUGCUGCUGAAAUGGGCAAUGUAGAGUGAGCCUGAGCCCCUAGCACUGAGGAAAGAAGAGACCAAGGCUGGAAGUUGAGGUGGGGCAGUGCCCCCCUGCUGUGAUGAGGCUGGGUUUGUGUCCUGCUGCUGUUCUAAGGACAGACGAGCCCAAACUCACUGGUGGGAUCCAGGACCCUGGCUAAGGAAGGUUUUCAUUUCUCUGUUACUAUGGGUCUAGUUUUGAUCAAGAGCCACAGCUUCCCUGGAAGAGUCUAUUCCAUCCAGCAGAUCACAGGCCUACCCAACCUUGUGCUGCUAUAGUUAAGCUACUGCAGAGUACUGUGUAUUAAUUCAUAACCAGUUUCAAACUGGUACAAAAUGGUGUAUCUUGAGCCUGCAAAUUUGCAAGCUAGCCGUUAAGAGUGUCUACACAUGCAGAGACACCAGUUUAACAUCCUAUUGUUAGUGAAAUCAGUGCAACUGUACAUAUAGAGAAGCCCUUAGUCUCAGGAAGCUUUUCCUGGUCCACUGGCAACAAUUCCUCUCUGGCUUUCAGCUACGUGUACCCUUUGUUGUCUCUUAGCUCUGCUUAUCUAGCCUUUUUAAACUCAGACCCUCAUCCUUUGCUUCUCUGCCCCAAGUGCUGUGAAGAAAAAAAACCCAUUUCUUUGCCUCCCACAUUCGGGGUUGAAGUAGAUUAUUUAAUGUCGAUAAGGAGCCAGAACUGACCCACACAAAUAGCCUGGGAUUAAAGAAGACUGAGAGUUAGGUACCCAAAUCCUAUUGCAGUUCAAUGGGAGUUGGGUGCCUAACUAUUUUAGGGUCUUUUGAAAAUUCCAGCCUGAGGUGUGCUUAUGGUUAAAAGUUUUUUUGAUAAUCUAGCGGAGGUUUCUAGUGGUAAAAUGGAGACAGAGAUAAAUGGAAGGGAGGAUACUGUAAGUACAGCUGAGGUGAAGGUUAGUUUUCACCCUGGGCUUUUCUCUCUGAGGCUCACCCUUUUUGACCAACCCUGAACACACGGGCAGACACAUUUAUUGUGGUGCUGACCUGUGUAGGGGAGGAUCGUUUGGCACUCUGCCCCGACAGGCCCUCGUCCUUCCACUGUGAGUAACCAAUCGGGUUCACAGGCAGAACAGUUUGGUUCGAUUUUCAGUGUCUGACCAAUUGUGAAAUAGAUUUUAAAAGGGUUUAUCCUUCCACUCCACUCCCCUUUGUGCUGCAGCUAAAGCACCUGCCAGAUACAACGUAAAUAGCGAAUGGCCUAAAUAGUGCUGUGUGAGAUGCUGCAGUGUUGGAGGGAGGGAUAGAAGGGCAGAUUGUCUGGGACACUGAUUCUCAGCUCUAAUCUUUCCGUAUGUGGAGAAAGGAGGAGUUUCCUUGCUAAGCUCAGUUUUCAAACUUGGCUGCCUAAAUUAGGUACCAACAUUCUGCCCAUUGGUGCUUACCUGAAAAGGAGUAUUUUGGGCUGUAGUGUCCAUACAGUGCCUGUGUUUGAAAACUAGGAUCUAGUUACAUAAACUCAAGACUUACUCCUUUGUAAAACAGACAUCAUCCUAAGGUAAGUGUGCAGUUCAGGUGUGGGCAAACGGGGCGGGGGAGGAAGAGGAGCAGGCAAACAAAUACUCUGACUCAUUUCAAAACUGUGGCAUUAGUGGGAAUGCUGUGUUCCUGUUAGAGUGGGGUGGAGAAAGAAUGGAAACCAUUUCAGCCUGUGUACUUGACUAUAAAGCAACCAUGCUUUUGGAAGGGUUCUAGACUUAAUGUAUAGUACAAGCCACCCAUUAGCUGGGAAGAAUCAUGAUUAAAAAAUGGGUUUAAAAUACAGACAAGCAAAAAUAAAAAGAAUCAAGGUCACAAAACCUGAACCACAAUUUUGAAAUCAGCGUACAUAGUAAGUAAAUAUUUUAAUCUUGGUCUGUAGUUGUGAAUGUCAAUAUCUAACCCUGACAGGAAUGCUCCAGCUUUGACUACUUCGCUCUCUGGUAAAGCUGAUUGCAUGGUUAAAUCGCACAUGCCAAUUUGAAAGCAGUUUCCGAUCUAAGAUCUCUCUCACUCAGUCUGUCUACACCAGAGCUGUAAUUUCUAGCUCAAGUAGAUAUGCCCGUGUUACCUUGAUCAGAGGUAGUGCAGGUAUGACUACCCGAGCUGGAAAUUACAUCUCCACUUCAGACAAAAUCUGUGGGCAGAAGGGGUGCAUCUCUACUAGGGUAUAACCUUAUACCCAAAUUUAAUUUUUAAUGCAGAGUUUAAAAGGAAGAGAUGGUUUUUGCUGCAGGCAUAAUGCAUUGGCUUUACUGAGCCCUAACCUGAAAGCUACUUGGUGGAAAUAAUGCUUGUGUCACCAGCAGCAGCCUUUAAAUGGACCCAUUUUCCCAUCCUAAAUAUAAACAAAUAGUCAGGUAGAGUAAGCCAAAUGCUUCUCUCAUUUAGAGCCAGGCAAUUAUAUGGAUUCAAAGAUUUACUUAGGUGUAAAGGGGACAGUUCAGCCUAAUAUUUCCUCUUAAUGUAUGUGCUUAGUGGUUCAACAGCUAAUUUUCCUAACCUAUGUUUUUAGGAGUGGGGGGGUUGUUACAAAUGGACAGCUGCAGUCAAGACCAUAACCCCAGUUGGCUGAUGUGCACUGCAGGACAUUUUGUGAGGGGUCUGCAGUGAUUCCCACGCAAGUAAAGAGGCAGGUCCAGCUCCUCAUUGGAAUGAAAGCAGUGAUAGAACUGGAUGUGGGUCAGGUAAGCAUCUAAGAGAUUGGCAGCCCUCCAAACUGCUGGAGUGUGUUGAGUUGGCACGAAUUCUCACAAAAAUAGCCUCUCCCAGGGUGUGGCUCCUUUGCAUCCAGUGUUGGCUAGAAACUUGAAGCACAACACCAUGAACACUUACAGCAUUGCCUUCAACUCAUUCCCACUCUAGCUUCUCAGAACAGAUGUGUGCUGCGAUGCUGAGGCGGAGUGGGGGCGAACACUGGAUACAAUGGCAACCCUCCGUCUAAAUUUCUGUGCAUUAGAAUGCUAAUUACACAGGAGAGGAUUCCUUUCCUACCAGUACCUAGGAGCAGGGCACUCUCCCCUCUCCUACAGGCUCAGAGUCCAUUCCUCUUCAUGGUAGAUUUGUGUUCCAGGGCUUGGACACUCAUCACCUGCCAUGCAGCUAGCAGUACCAGAAUGGAGAAGAGUUGGAGCAGGGCAGACUUUGGCUUUUCCAUCAAUCAGCACUGGAGUGUGGAAUUAGAGGAAAUCUCUUCUCUCCAAAUCCAGCCCAAAGCUAAAAAGGCUAGUGUUUCUCUCACCAAACAAGCUGUUAAGUAGAGGUUAGUGUUGAGCAUUUCAGAGGGUCAGUGUCUUUCACCUUCGCCCCAGGCCCAGCCGUCUCCAAGUGCUGCUGGAAAGAGUAGGGAUACCUGAGGGGUGAUCAGCUCUGUCCUCUUUGCCUUUUUGGGGACCCAUCCAGAAGAGAUGGGCUUUUCCCCCUGCUCGUCACAGGCUGAGGGUGGGGUUGUCUACCUAUGAGAUUCUAGUCAUCUUGAGCGUGUGUCUUUCCAGUUGAGUUGUAGGCAGGUUAUGAACAUCCCGUGAUAAUUUGUACCAGCUUUGAGGGCAAGGUCUUAACUGAUGAUUGACAGGAAAAAAGCACAGGCACUGCAUGCUCCAUAGCUCACGCCCCUUCCACAUGCAUCCAGAACCAGCCUUCUCCAGAGAAUACUUCAGUACCCUCGAGGAAGGGCCUUGUUCCUUGCAGUAACUAUUCUACGAGGCAGCGUUCUGGGCGCCUUACUGUAGAAUUCUGCUGUAUAUUUUUGUCAGCGAAGCUGCUCUUCCUUUCACCCCCCUCAAACCCUGCAUGCAUCCUCUGUGGGUUUCAUGUAUUUCAGGCAGCUUGCAAGCCAUUAAGUGCUGAUUUGCUACCACAGAUGGCUUCUUGGUGUGGUAGAAUGUGAGGUCUUGAGAAGCGGGAGGGCCCUGGGUGUGAAAUUACUGCCAUGUUCUUCUUUAAACGAGACUGUAGGUGGAAACCCCUAGACCAAAGUGUCUGGAAUAACUAGUCUGAGAAAUGACUACUGUGAUGUAGUGUUUGCAGGAGAGAACUGUACUGAACAUUCCUGCCCUGUCUCAGUCUGCUUGCAGUUUCUAAAGCAUAGGUGAAUCUUUUGUGCCAUAACAUGCUUUUUUCUAGAUGUGCAAACCAGCCAAAAUGGGGAUACUCUCCCCCUCCACUUGCUCAGCCCUAGCUGAACAUUCCCUUAGCUACACAAGGAGAGCUAGCCCCCAAAACACAUUUUGUAGCUACAGUGCUUGUAGGGCUCCAUUUUCUCCCCUCCCUCACCUCUCUGCUGCAGGACAAUCACCUCUUUUCUAUCCUAAUCUCCCUCUGUCUGAGAUGGACUGCCCUGCUGGCCAUUCCUUGCAGCAGUUUGUGUUAUGCUAUGAAAGGAAUGUGUUUUAUUUUGGUGGGGAAGGACUUUCCUUCUGGUGAAGGAAUUGUAUUUGCACAUGGCUCAGGGAGGCUCCUCCUCCUCUGACAAUUGUUACCUCACUCAUUUUGGUCAGUUUCAUUGCUAACAUUAAAGGGCCAGCUUCUUGAAUCUGAUCUUUUGAGUUACAAGAAAGCAGCAUCCAGAGCUGUGUAGGCAUGUUCUUUUUCCAAGCGCCAUCUAAUUUGCCCUAGCAGCACUUGAAUGUGGGAGACUGGUGGCUGCUGCUGCUAAGAAACAGCACCUUUAUUCAGCAAAAGGAUGGAGCUUGUGCCACAUCUGUAUCAUUCCUGCCUGGGAGCCCACAUGUCUCCCUCCAACACUUAACAGAACAAACAUGGAAGCACCAACCUGCACUCUUGCUACCGUACAUUAAUGGCACUUUUGCAAUGUUACGAGUAGGUUGCAAUGUGUUAUUUUUUCCACGGCUCACACUUCAAAUGCUCCAUGGCCAAGUAGUGCUGCUACAUUCCUGGACUACCUUUCCCCACACAAGGGCCUGGAUCCUGCAACCCUGACUCAGGUGAGUAAUCCUUACUCUUUCAAAUAAUCCCAUUUGAGUAAGGAUUGACUCACAUCAACGAGAGUGGGUUGUACGAUCAUCCCCAAGGUGGGCAUUUCCCCUCUGAGUAGUAACUCUAAACUGGGAGGGAGAGAUACAGGCCAAGACUCACCUCUUUCUUGUUGAAUGGUCUGUGGUAGUAACACAAACUCUGGGGCUGGGCCAAAUACAAAAAGGAACAGCAGUUGUGUUUUGAGACGUUGUCUGGUUAACUGUAAUAAACUUUGCGCUGUGCGCAAGGUGUGAUAAAAAGAUACUUACCUGCUAGGAAACUAGGAACUAUAAAGGCUACAUAGCCAAAUCUCAAUGUAAAGUAGCUAGAACAAUGGAAGAUACAUUAUGAAUAAAAAAAAGUAUUGAACAAACAGA